AUGGCUUCUUACGCUCAUAACUGCAAUGUUAACUCUGCUUUUCAAACCUCGAGCAGUCCUGCAACGCCUACCAGAGGCAUUGGCAGGUUCGGAACCCCUAAAACCGUUUUCUUGCCUGCAUCAUACUCUCCUGCCAAGCCUGCUGCUUGCACCAGCGACGCUGAGUUUUGCUGCAGCAGUGUGCUUCUGAAGAGCGUGAGGCCGCUGCUGGAGACACUGGCGAAGCACAUGCAUGCGUCGUCCUCGCAAGGUCUCGCUGACGCCCUGCGUAAGCCUAUCAAAUCGUACGUAGCUGACGCACCUGAUGUGAAGCGGCCUGGAAUCGGCCGCUUCGGAGGCAAGCCUGCUGCUCCCGUUGCACCUGUGGUCGUCAACGCUGCUCCCGUCACACCGUCUGCUGUGGUUGCGCCUGUGGUGGUGCCUGAGGUAGCGCCUGUGGCUCCAGUGGCUUCAACCGCACCACAGGUGGCUGAAGCGUCUGUACCAACAGAAGCAAUAUCCGAGGAGGCGAAUGGACGUGCUGCUGAUCCGAGUGAAAAAACGAGGUGGUCGAAGCUGCGUCAGGAGGUUCAAGCGAUGGAUGUUGCAUUGACACGUGCUGCUUUCCUGAGGUGGGACAAGCAGAGCAAGGAGACAUCGUGCGCGAAGGGCAAGAAUGGGUGCAGCAGCAAGGUGGUGAGCAUGGGUGUGAAGGGUGGUAAGGUUAACAACACGCUUGCAAGCUCUGCCCUAUGUGCAGCAGCAUCUGUAGUUGCGGGAUCACGUGGUGCUACAUCAUCAGUGAGAGCAGCUAACAAUGCCAGAAGCAGACAAGCGGGUGGGGUGAAGAGGAGAGAGGAGGGUGGGUGUGGGGAGGGAGCAGCAGGGAGGGCAGCAGGUGGAAGGCAGGGUGGUGUGAAGGCAGAAGGUGGCAGAGCAGUGGCAAGUGGCGUGUGUGGCAGGGAGGGGGUGAAGCAGCAAGCGGGGAGGAGAGAGGGUUUGGUGCAUGAGAGGCAGCCAAGGCCUGUCUACAGCAGCAGCAGCAGGGCGCACAGAAGGAGCUCCUGA